AUGAAGAGUAAACGACAUUUCUCUGCUCUCUUGUUUCUCUCCACUCCAGUAUCAUCCCAACUCAAUAAACUCUUUUAUCCGGGAUUCAAAGAUUUGAACUCCAACAUAACCUUACGUCGAGAGGCAAAAAUAAAGAAAAGUGGCAUUCUUUGCUUAACAAACGAUACCUCUUAUUUACCAGGUCAAGCCUUCUAUAGCUCGCCGAUCCAGUUCAAGAACUCCACAAAUGGACAAGUCUUUUCUUUCUCCACCUCUUUUGCUCUAGUUAUUGUCCCUGAAUAUCCAGAACUUGGUGGCCAAGGCCUCGCCUUCACGAUCUCAACAUCUAAAGACCUCAAAGGUUUUCCAAGUCAGUACCUAGGCCUCUUUGGUAAUGUGAAAAACUUUUCAAAUCAUUUAUUUGCUGUUGAGUUCGAUACAGUUCAAAGUAACAAUGUUGAAUCUCAAGAGCUUUACGACAUGCAAGGCAACAAUGUUGGCAUCGCCAUCAACAGCUUGAAUUCGAAUGUCUCUUCAACUGCAGCCUACUUCGAUGACAGUUCAACGAAACAAAAUUUUAAUCUCAAGAGUAGAAAACCAAUCCUGGCUUGGAUCGAUUACGAUGCAUCUGAAAAUUUGUUAAAUGUCACCAUCUCUCCACAUUCUUCCAAACCAAGAUUGCCUCUCUUGUCUUUUAACGUCAAUCUUUCACCAAUCUUUCAUGAGUUCAUGUAUAUUGGCUUCUCUUCUGCAACAGGAAUGCUUGCUAGUUCUCAUUAUAUUUUAGGCUGGAGUUUUAAAAUCAAUGGAGAAGCUAGAGCUCUUGAUCUCGUUUCCCUUCCUCCAAUCCCGGACAAGAAAAAACAGACAGGUUUGUUGAUUUGCCUUUGA